AUGUCGGCGCACGCGCGCACAAGGCGACAAGCAACAGGAAGUAUGAACCACACAACACCAACGCCUCGAGGACUGACUAGCACCGCCUCCUGCGUCGAGCCUUAUGUACGCCUCCGCCGCCACAGCGGUGGGCGGACGACAGAUCUGAACCUCGCCUUGUACUACACCAUCUUCAAGGUCUCGGUCACGCUCAAGCCCAUUGCUGCAGUCACUGUGUUAAUCCAUCUCGCUAUCAGCUCUGCCUCCGGAGCCUUCCAGGACACAGCUCUGAGCUCUGCCCUGGAUGAAUAUGAAGAUCUGGAUUGCGGAAUCCGGGAGCCGCUGCCCUCCGCCCGUAUCGUGGGGGGCUCAGAUGCACAGCCAGGCUCCUGGCCCUGGCAGGUGAGCCUGCAUCUGAAUAAGAAGUUCGUCUGCGGAGGCACCCUCAUCACGCCCUCCUGGGUCCUCUCCGCUGCCCACUGUUUUGUGCAGAAUGACACCGUGUUGCCCGCGGCCCACUGGUGGGUGAUCCUGGGAAUGCACUCCCAGAACCGGCUCGUGUACGGCACGCUGUUCCGGAAAGUGGAGACCAUCCUGGUGCACGACAACUACAGCAGUAUCAAUUUCACCGCGGACAUCGCUCUGCUGCGCCUGGACGAGCCUGUCAGCAUGAGCCCCAUCGUGCGGCCCAUCUGCCUGCCCCGCGCUACGCACCGCCUGGUUCCCGGCACCUCGUGCUGGGCCACCGGCUGGGGGAACGUCCAGGAGGGAGAUCCUUUACCUGAACCUUGGACACUACAGGAAGUAGAGUUAAAGCUGAUAGGAGAGGCUGCUUGUCAAUGCCUUUACAGCAGACCUGGUCCCUUCAACCUCACCUUAGAGCUAUUGCCAAAGAUGCUGUGUGCUGGCUUCACAAAGGGCCGCAAAGAUAGCUGCCAGGGUGACUCCGGGGGACCUCUGGUCUGUGAGGAAGGCGGACACUGGUUCCAGGUGGGAAUCACCAGCUUUGGCCUUGGCUGUGGACGGAGGAAUCGACCAGGAAUCUUCACAGAUGUGGCUGCUUAUGAGACAUGGAUCCGGGAACAGUUGAUGGGCUCAGAGCCUGGGCCUGCUUUUCCAGCACAGCCAGAGGGGCUCCAGCCAGACCCUCAGGAGCCUACAGAGGAGAACUGCACCAUGGCACUGCCAGAGUGUGGAAAGGCCCAGUGGCCAGGGGACUGGCCCUGGGAGGCCCAGGUGAUGGUGCCAGGUUCCAGACCCUGCUACGGAGUGCUGGUUUCUGAGAGCUGGAUCUUGGCACCUGCCAGCUGCUUUCCAGAACCCCACAGCAACAUCUCCCACAGCCACGACCUCGACGCCUGGCGCGUGCUGCUGCCCUCGAGACCUCGCCUAGAGCGGGUACUGAGCCUUGUGCCUCACGUGAACGCCUCCAAGGAUAACGCCUCAGACCUGAUGCUGCUGCAGCUGCAGACACCCCUGAACCUGAGCGAGGUCCCGGGGGCCGUGUGCCUACCCAACCAGAAUCACUAUUUCUUGCCCGGGAGCCAUUGCCGCCUGGCUCCCUGGGGCCAAGGAGAGCAAGUACCUGGUCCUAGCGCGCUGCUGGAGGCGGAGCUGCUGAGCCGCUGGUGGUGUCAUUGCCUCUACGGCGGCCAGGGGGCGUCAGUGCCGCCUCCUCAGGGCCAGCCGCAUGUGCUCUGCCCCGCCUAUCAGGAGGAGGAAGAGGCGGGCCAAUGUUGGAACGACUCGCGCUGGAGCCUUGUGUGCCAGGAGGCAGGUACCUGGUUCCUGGCUGGGAUUAAAGAGCCCUGGAGUAGCUGCCUCCGGCCCAGAGCCUUCUAUCCGCUGCAUCCCCACGGCCCAUGGAUCCGCCGUGUAACUAAGGAAGUCUACCUGGAGGACCAGCUAGAUUGGAACUGGGGACCGGAGAGGGAGGAAACAGAGACACAGACUUGUCCGCCACACACAGAGCAUGGUGCCUGUGGCCUGCAGCCACAAAUUCCUCAGAAAGGGGUCCUGUGGCCCUUUUUGGCAGAGGUGCACGUGGCUGGUGAGCGAGUCUGCACUGGGAUCCUCGUGGCUCCAGGCUGGGUCCUGGCAGCCACCCAUUGUAUCUUCAGACUGGGCUCUCCAACGUUACCCUAUAUCCAAGUGUACCUAGGCCGGGCAGGGUCCAGUCCCAUCCCACAGGGCCACCAGCUGUCCCGAUCCGUCGUCAGCAUCCGCCUGCCCCAGCACCAGGGACUCCAGUCCCCCAUGGCCCUCCUGGAGCUGAGCGCUCGGGUGGAGCCUUCCUCAUCAGCUCUGCCCAUCUGCCUCCACUCAGGGGGCAUCCCUCAGAGGGCCAGCUGCUGGGUCCUGGGCUGGAAGGACCCCCAGGACCGAGUCCCGGUGGCUGCUGCUGUCUCUAUUCUGACACCACAACUCUGUCACUGCCUGUAUCAGGGUGCUCCGCCUUUAGGGACCCUCUGUGUCCUGUAUGCAAAAGGGCAGGAAGACAUGUGUGAGGUGACCUCGGCACCUCCACUCCUGUGCCAGACGGAAACAGGCUCCUGGGCCUUCAUGGGCAUGGCAAUUCGAGGGAGCCGGGAGCUGUUUGCGGCCAUUGAUGAGAAGUGGAUCUCUGAGACCAUAGGGGAAGUCUACUUACUGCCCCCCAGCGACUUUCCCAGCUGGCUUCCUAAGGAUAAUGACCUCUGUCCGGACAUUGCCGGGGCCUCGGGCUCCCCUAAAGCCACACUGCUGCUACUGCUGCUGCUGCUGCUGACCUUCUUGAUCCAGAGCUGA